CUGGCCGCCGCGGCCGGAGCGGCGGGGACGCGGCUGCCGAGGCGAGGGAAGAUGGCGGCGCCGGCGCGAGGCGUCACCGGGGCGACGGGGCGUCCUCGGCCCUGAGCAGCGCCAGCGCCGCCGAGGCGGGGGGCGGCGGCCGCCGGCAGCUGUGAAGUGGAAUGCCAUGGCCAGUUCCUCGGACAGUGAAGAUGAUGGUUUCAUGGCCGUGGAUCCGGAAGAAGCUGUGGUCGAAGGGACGAUGGAGCAAGAUGAUGAGCCUCAUGCCGAGCUGGAGGUCGAGGAGACCAGGCAUAACAGAUCAAUGCUGGAGCUCCCGGAAGAGGUUUUGGAAUAUAUCCUGUCCUUUCUUUCGCCGUAUCAGGAGCACAAAACUGCUGCCCUUGUCUGUAAACAGUGGUAUCGACUAAUCAAAGGUGUGGCCCAUCAGUGUUAUCACGGCUUUAUCAAAGCAGUGCAGGAAGGAAAUAUUCAGUGGGAGAGUCGCACUUACCCCUAUCCUGGAACCCCCAUCACACAACGCUUCUCGCACAGUGCAUGUUACUAUGACGCUAAUCAGUCGAUGUAUGUGUUUGGUGGCUGCACGCAGAGCAGUUGCAAUGCUGCAUUCAAUGAUCUCUGGAGACUUGACCUAAAUAGCAAAGAGUGGAUCCGGCCUCUGGCAUCAGGUUCCUACCCCUCACCCAAGGCUGGGGCUACGCUGGUCGUCUACAAGGACUUGCUCGUGCUCUUCGGUGGGUGGACGAGGCCAAGCCCUUACCCCCUGCACCAGCCGGAGAGGUUCUUCGAUGAGAUCCAUACGUACUCACCCUCCAAAAACUGGUGGAACUGCAUCGUGACCACCCACGGCCCUCCUCCCAUGGCAGGACACUCUUCCUGUGUCAUUGAAGACAAAAUGAUCGUCUUUGGGGGCUCGCUGGGAUCUCGGCAAAUGAGCAACGACGUCUGGGUGCUGGAUCUUGAGCAGUGGGCUUGGUCCAAGCCGAACAUCUCUGGGCCUAGCCCUCACCCGCGAGGUGGCCAGUCUCAGAUCGUAAUAGAUGACGAAACCAUUUUAAUCCUUGGUGGCUGCGGUGGUCCCAAUGCACUGUUUAAAGAUGCCUGGUUGCUGCACAUGCAUGCGAACCCUUGGACAUGGCAAGCGCUCAAGGUGGAGAACGAAGACCACGGAGCGCCGGAGCUGUGGUGCCAUCCUGCUUGCAGGGUGGGACAGUGCGUCGUGGUCUUUAGCCAGGCUCCCAGCGGGAGAGCUCCGCUGAGUCCCAGCUUGAACUCUCGCCCCUCUCCCAUCAGCGCCACGCCGCCCGCCCUGGUCCCUGAAACGCGGGAAUACCGCUCGCAGUCUCCCGUCAGGAACACGGACGAGGCUCCCUGCGUCAACGGCCGCUGGGGCACCUUGCGACCCAGAGCGCAGAGGCAAACCCCGUCGGGAUCCCGGGAAGGGAGCCUCUCCCCGGCCAGAGGGGACGGUUCCCCUGUGCUGAAUGGGGGGAGUUUAUCGCCUGGAGCCACCGCCACCGGUGGUGCUUCCUUGGACAGCCCCGUACAGGUCGUAUCGCCCAGCACGCCUUCCGCUGCUGAAGGAUACGACCUGAAAGUUGGGCUUUCCCUGGCACCAAGGCGAGGUUCCCUCCCGGAGCAGAAAGACCUGCGUUUGGCAUCUGUCGAUUUGAGCUGGGAGCAGAAACCGGCUUCUGUCAUCUGUCAGAUGGACGGUGUGGACAGCAGGACAGUCGGCGGAAGCGUGAGGAACCCCCCGGAGCAGACGAACGGGAUCCACACACCGCCUCACGUCGCUAGCUCCCUCCCGGGCGCUGUCUCUCCCGGCGCGCUCCGGAGAAGCCUGGAGGCUGUCAAAGCCCUGUCCUCCAAAGGCGCCUCGGCCUCAGCAGCAUUAAGUCCUCCCCUCAUUUCUUCACCGGGAUCCCCUGGCAGCCAGAGCGCGAGCGGUGCCGACGCGGGGUCCGCACUGCGACCGGCCUCCACCCAAGGCGAUAGUCAUUCCUUGCCUCCCAUCGCCCGCCGCCUGGGCCACCAUCCUCCCCAAUCCCUGAACGUGGGCAAGCCUCUGUACCAGAGCAUGAACUGCAAACCCAUGCAGAUGUACGUGCUGGACAUUAAAGAGACCAAGGAGAAAGGACGAGUCAAAUGGAAAGUGUUCAAUAGCAGCUCUGUGGUGGGGCCGCCCGAGACCAGUUUACAUACGGUGGUGCAAGGCAGAGGGGAACUAAUCAUAUUUGGUGGCCUCAUGGACAAGAAACAGAACGUCAAGUACUAUCCCAAAACAAAUGCCUUGUACUUUGUGCGAGCAAAAAGAUAAUGUGGCGCCAGCCGCUCACCGCCACCUUCUGCCCUCCCUUCCCCGUGGCUUUCCCUCCCCUUUUCUUUUCAAGUCCUUCCUUCUGUCCCGCAGGCAUUGAUUGAAACUGUGAAUUAGGGAACGGCAAACCAAUAAAAUGCAAAGCGAAACAUCAGCGCUGCCCUCCGGUUCCCGGGAAGAUUUCUGCUCCCCCCCCCCCCCCCCAACAUACUCACGCUCCGUUAGGAGAAUCGCGUUCGCCAGCGGGGAAGGACCUCCGUGCCCGUAGGAUCCGCGUUGCCGGGCUCCGGCAGGAGCUCUUUGCCGGCGUCUAGGCCAAGAAUUUAGGGUGAGCAGGUGGGGAAAUCUGCCAUGCAAUAUCCUCUUCAGAUUUUUUUUUUUCUUUAGGGAUUGAGAGGCCUCGUAUGUCUCUGCAGCUCCUACGGGAACGGCAGUAAAACGGUUUUAUAAGAACAUGCUGAAAACCUGCAGACGAGGCUGUUAGCUCCUAUGCACUGAUAUUUUUCCACGCUUGACUUAAAACUAUGGCUGUAUCAGGAAAACAACAGCAAUAUCUAAAAAAUCUUCCAGCACUGCAAAUUGUAACUGUAACCUCUGCUCAACACAAACACGCUGCCUUUUUUCUUCUUUUUCUUUUUUUUCUUCUGUCUCUAAGCCCUUUGGCCUGAGUACAUUCCUGUCCUGUUUACUGGACGUUAAGGAAGAAAGGACAGAGCGUUGCAUCGAAAUGCCAAAGCCCUCGAGAAUUAGAUAAGCAGGAUUUUUUUUAGCGGUCCUCCCCUCCCUGCCAGGUCAAAUUUUACCUGCCAGGUAAAAAUUUUGCACUGGAGCAAGCUGCUAGUUUGGCGAUUUUUUUUCACCCCCCCUCCCCCCCCCCUACCUGGCCGAGCUGCCGACGUAGUAAGUAGGCGCUUGAAAAUGUUCAGGGCGCUGUUGCUGGGAGCGUUUGCCAAAACAGCAGCUCGUAGUUUGGGACCACUUGAUUUUUUUUUUUUUCCUAGCCAAACUGAUGGAUAGCGGUCAAUGCGGAGGGGUGUGAGCAGCGUGCGUGGGCCGGCAGGAAAGCCCGAGUCCUCUUUGCACGUGCCUCCUUCCGCAAAGAUUCAAUCCGAGGGGAAAAAAAUCCCGAGGGAUCGUACCUCCGCGUCCUUCCUGGCUCCCCUUUCCGGCUCGAGGUCGGGGGAACCCGGCAGCUUCCCUGAUCGCGGCCCAGCCUGCGCUUACCCUGUGUGCUGGCAGUACUAUGAAGUGGCCCCCUUUCUUUUUUUAAAAUUUGUUCUUUUUUAAUUCUUUUUUUUCCCCUCCCUCUCCAGCUGGCCACUGAGUUUUUGCUAGGCUUAGUGACCCCCCCCUCCCUUCGCCCCCCCCACCCCAAACCUUGGCAAUUAAAAAAAAAGAAAAAGAAAAUAACCUUCCUGCAAUCCCCUCGUGCUUCUCGCUGGCUUCGGGGAGAGGGGGGUCAGCUUUUUAGAGGCUCUUGCAAGCGGCUGCCGUUGGCGCGUGCCGCGGGCGCCCGCGCUGCGCUUUGCGGGCGCUCGAGCGCCUCCCGUCCUCCUCGGAGGCGAGAACGGGCGUUGGGCGCCCAGCGGCUUGGCAGGGCGACAGGGGUCUGAAAUUUCUGGGAGAAGAAAGAAGAAAAAAAAUAAUAAUUUAAGGCUCGGCGGCUUUGCCUCCCUGGUGCUGUCCGGCCGCGGCCAGAGCGAGCGGAGGCGCCCGGCUCCCUUCCUCCUCCUCCCUCCUCCUCCUCCUCCUUCCCCGCAUGGUUGCAACGAGCGGCUCCUGCCGGGCGCGUCCCGGCUCUCCAGCGCCUGGACCGACGGGUCUCGUGCGCGACGGGUUGCUGGGGCCGCAAGCGAGGGGUUUUUCCCCCCCACAAGCUCCAUCCUCCCCGGCUCAGGUGUCCGAGCAUCGCUUUGCCGCCCCCCCCCCCCCGGCCUUCCUCCCUGCCACCCGUCGUUUUAGGCUCAGCCGAGCGUAGGAAUGACAAGUGAAUUGCGGUGAUAUUUAAAGCUGUGUAUGUUUUUUUUUUUUUUUCUUUUUUUGUUAAUGUUCCCCCCCCCCAUGACUUUUUAGCAGUUUAACAAAUAAAGAUGGGAAGAAA